AAAUUAAAUAUUUAUUCCCCCUAGCUAUAUGUCUCUGGCUUAACUUGUAAUAAAGUGGUAAAUGGACAAAACGCACAUGUUCAAUCAAUCAACAUAAGAAACAGCCAACGUGUCCUGUUGGGCUCAGCUAAGUUUGAUCUCGUUUUUUUACCUGAUUUAGUAACACUAUGCCUGCUGCACUUUGCCAAGACCAUCCACUUAAUGUUCCUGAAUUACACAGUUCUAAAAUUUUAAAUGGAGAUCAUAUAAAUAAAGAAAUUACUAAUGACAACUUUGAAGAUGAAAAGAUAGAAGAAAAAUUUAAAAGUGAACCUCAAAAACAAGUCGAAGUUGUUAAUGAGAAUCCUAGUUUAAAUGAUUGUGAAUCUAAAGAGGUUCCUGUAAAGAUUUUAGAUAUCAAAAUUCAAAUAAGUGGUGUUGCAGAUAUUGUUACAAUUCAACUUUCUAAUCAUGAUACUGUGCAAGACAUUCGACAAGUUGUGCUAGAAAAACCAGAGUGCUGUCAUCGUACAUGUUUUUCAUUAUAUUUGGAUAAUACUCGACUUGAUGAUUUUAUGGAGCUUCAUGACAUAACAGCACUAAAUAAUGAUUCUGUUAUAAAAGUUGUUGAUGAGCCAUACAGUGUGAGAGAAUCUCGAAUCCACAUUAGGAGAUUACGUGAUUUACUUUUUACAAUGAUUGAACCUAAUGCAUUUAAUGCCAUCGAUAAUCUUUCGUUGUCAUAUUGUUCUGCUAUAACUGAAAUUGAUAUUGAAGAGGAAGCUUUAAAGAAUUUUAAAGAACCCAACAGUGUCAACAGUGUCAAAGUCACAUCUGAUAUUCUUCCUCCUCAAUGGGCAACAUUGGAGAAUGGAGAAAGUCCAUUAUUAGAACCACUUGUUAUUAAAAGCAAUGAUGUUCAGCUGCCUGCUUGUUUAACAGAUCUUCGUUAUUCAUCAUGGAAUCCUCCUCCUGGAUAUCGCAAACUGGCAGGGGAUUUACUUUAUCUGGAGGUUACAUUGCUUGAAGAUGUUGAUUGUAUUCAUUAUAUAACAUCUUCUUCUACUGGUUUUUUUGUAAACAAAUCAACAAAAUUGAAAUUUGAUCCAAAACCAAGUAAUGAUACCCCAAGAUCACAGACAUUAGCUGGCUUGCUAAUGCUGAUGAGUCCACUAUUCAAAAAGAAUUUCAGUAUUGUUCAAAAGACAAGCUCAAAAAAGAAUCCUCUUGAACUUGUUGCUUCUCCUCAUCAAGUUUUUUCAUGGGUAUCACCACAGUUUGAACAUCACCAAGAUCCAUUCAGAGCAGAAGAUUCUGUGACCAAUCGUAUUGGCUAUGAGGAACAAAUUCCUGGACAACUACGUGAUUGGAAUGAAGAAUUGCAAUCAGCCAAAGAGCUUCCCAAAAAGACACUUCACCAGAGAAUUUUAAGAGAUAGAGCUCUAUAUAAGAUAACAAGUGAUUUUGUGUCUGCUGCAUCAAGGGGUGCAGUAGCAGUGGUUGAUGGAAAUGUUAUGGCAAUAAAUCCUGGUGAAGAAGUUAAAAUGCGCAUGUAUAUAUGGAACAAUAUAUUCUUCAGUUUUGCAUGUGACUCUCGCGAUCAUUAUAAAAAAUAUGGAGGGGAUCCUGCGGCAUAUGCUGCAGCUUCUCUUGAUUUAAAAGGAAUUGAAAUGUACAAUAAACUUGAUCUGGAUGGAUUGUAUACUCUUGGUACAGUAGUUAUUGAUUACCGUGGAUACCGCAUUAUUGCUCAAUCAAUUAUUCCUGGUAUACUUCAACGAGAACAAGAAAAUUCCGUUGUUUAUGGAAGUGUUGAUGGAGGAAAAACAAUCUCUACUGAACCUAAAUUUCUAGAAAAGCUAAAAAUAGCUGGAUUAUCAUUAAGAAUUCGACCUCAUAAAGUAAUAAAUGAAAAAGGAGAAGAUGUAGAGCUCUGCUCUUCUUUUGAGUGCAAGGGAAUUAUCGGAGCUGAUGGCAGAUAUUAUAUUCUAGAUUUGUUCCGAACAUUUCCACCAGAUAUAAACUUUCUAGAAGUUGAAAAUGUAAAAAGAAAUUUAAUAGAUGGUGAAGCUUAUCCAGAUAAAACAAAUAAAGAUAAAAAUCAGUUUUCUUAUCCAAAAGGUCACACACAUCAACUUGUUUCAAUGAGACCACCCAUUGUUGAAGCAUUUAUUGGUUCAAAAUAUGUUUCAUUUGUAAAAGUAAUUGCUGUUCACAAACUUUAUGAUGAAAAAGUGAAACAUGAAAAGGAAGAUUCAAAAAAAGAAAAAUUGACAGAAAAAAAUGAGGAUUCAAAAAGUAUAACUAAUACAAAAGUGAAUGGCACUGUUGAAAAUGAAACUUUAGAAUCAAAUGAAGUUGACAAAGUAAGUACUUGUAAUGGAACUGAUAUAACAAAAGAAGAAAAUGAUCAAGUUGAUAAAUUAAAAGAAGAGGAAGAUAAAUCAGAUUUAAUAGCUAUUGAAGCAGCUGCUAAAGCAAUUGGAUCUUUAAAUCCAAGAGAAUUUGAUAUCCGAUUUAAUCCUGAUGCUUAUGUUCAAGAGGUGAAGUUAAGUGGAUCUGAAGAAGAGAUUGAUAAACUUGACAAACUCUUGAUUGAAGACAUUGCAUUGUUUAUGUCUUCUACUGUUAUUUCAAAAAUGGUAGAGGAUUUUACCACAUUAAAUUCCUCACCUAUUGAUGGUAUUGCAUUGACUGAUAUUUUGCAUUCACGAGGUAUAAAUAUUCGUUAUCUUGGUAAAAUAGCGCAUAUGGUUACUGAAAAAGAGGCUGCUGCACAUAUACUUAAAAUUGUUGUAAAAGAGAUGAUUAUCAGAAGUGCGAGAAAACAUUUUAAAGAAUUUAUUCAAAGUGCCAAUCAAAAGUGCUUAUCAGCAGCAGUCAGUCACUUUUUAAAUUGUUUUUUGAGUUCGUUUCCAAAUCCACAACCACAAGUUCCAGCUGAAGAAAAUCAAAAAAAAAAGAAGAAUAAAAAGCGACAACAAAAGAGUCAUUUGUCAAAUAAAAAAAUGAUUUGGAUGUCAUUAUCUCCAGAAAUAUUAUGGACCUUUAUUACAAACUAUAUGGAGAAACACUUUGGAUAUAAACUAGAAUGUGCAAGUAUCGAUGAUUUUAUUUCAAAGUUCCAUUUGCAAAAAGUCAGUUUUUUGAGAGAAUUCUGCAAAAAAACUGGAAUUCAAGUUCUGCUAAGAGAAUAUGAUUUUAGUUCAAAGAAAAAUCCAACAUUUCACACAGAUGACAUCAUUAACAUGUUUCCUGUUGUUAAAUAUACCACUCCCAAAGCUACAGAUGCAUGUGCUAUAUUUGAAACAGCACAAAAUAGAUUGCAAGCAGGAUUUUUUGGUGAAGCGCAUGAGUUGAUGGUUGAAGCGUUGAACAUGUUUAAUCAAGUGUAUGGUCCUUUACAUGAAGAUAUUGUUGUUUGCUAUCGUGCUAUAGCUAGAAUUCAUUACCUUGCAGAUGAUGCUCCACAAGCAGUUUCAUUUCAAAAGAAAGCAGUAAUAGUUGCUGAAAGAAUUUUUGGAAUUGAUCAUCCAGAAACAUUAGUUGCAUAUGUCCAUUUAGCACUUUAUUGUUAUCAUGCCGGACUAGCCAAUGCAUCAUUAAAGCUAAUGUAUCGUUCAAGAUAUUUAACUUUGCUUGCAUUUGGAGAUGAUCAUCCAGAUAUGGCUGCUUUUGAUACAAACAUUGGUUUAAUGCUUCACAACCAAAGAGAGUUUUCUGUUGGAUGCAAGUUUCUGGAGCGCUCUUGUUAUCUGCAGAUGAAGUAUCAUGGACCUAAAAGUAUUCAUACUGCUACUAGUCACCACCUUGUUGCAAGAGCAUUAACUGCUCUCGGAGAAUACAAAUCAGCAUUGAAUAGUGAAAAGAUGACGUUUUCAAUCUAUCAAAGCCAUUUUGGUGAUGGAGAUCCAAGAACCAAAGAAAGUUCUGAAGCUUUAAAAACAAUCCUUAACCAGGCAGUAAUGCUACAAAAAACUUUAAAAGAUAUAACAGAGAAAGGUUUGAUCAGUUCUACCCGACUUCCUCAUCUUGAUGAUGAAAAGGAAGAUAAAAUUGUUUUGGCGAUGGUAAAUAAAAUAAAAGAUUUAAGUGCAACUGAUCAACCUGUUAAGAUUCUAAACUCAAGUAAAACGUGAAAGUUUUUUAUUGAUUUGAGAUUUUUCACGAUAUUCAAAAAUUUCAUUCAAUUUAUUCAAUGCAUAAAAUGACAACUUAAACUCUACGCCCCAAAAAUUUCAAACAUUUUUUUUUUUGAUGUAUACUAUAAUGAAAGAGUCUUAUUUAAAAAGUUUUAUCAUUGGCUAGAAGAGAUGAAAAUUUUUUAAUGAAAUAAAUAUUAUAUACUGCUAAAAAUCUAAAACGAUAUCUGAAUUUGUUAUUUUUGUUACAUUUGAGUUGUUUUUUUUUUAUACGCAAUUAUAUAAUAUUUUUUUAGUUUAAUUAUUUUGUAGUGCGCUCUUUGUAGACUUUAAAACGAAAAUCACGAUAUUUUACAUAAAUAACGUAAUGAUAUUUAUAAUAACGUUAUAAACAUAAUGUUUAUAUAUUUAGACGCGCUUGCAGAAGUUGCUUAAAGCUAAACACCCAGAGGUUAUAAAUUUUCGUCACUUUCUCGCCACUUUUUUUUAAUGUUUUAUAUCAUAUUAAGGGCGCAUCUAAAUUCUUACAUUUAUUGCAUUACAUUAAUAUACAUUUAUUAUAUUUUUACGUCAUUUUUACGUCAUUGAACAGUAAAAGUAUGAGUUGUGCAAAAAAAAAAA